CCAUCGAGGCGAAAAGCUACGUAGUUUGCUUCUUCGUGCCCCGACGAGUGAUGCUUAGUUUAGAUGCUAUAUGCUGUGUUACGCAUUGGCUCGGUUCGCUCGAUACAGUGUCCGAUUGGGAAAUUCAAGGUUCCUUCCGCCGAUUGCCGAGUGCGUGGAGCUUUUGGCGGUGGAUUUAAGGCAGAAAUUUGUUGACCUAGGUUGUGAUUAGACCCCUGUCGACGAUGAUUAGAACUUGACGUGCAUGAAUCUGAAGUCAUUUCAUUGAAAGAAUGAUAGGGUGAUUGUAAUAAGACUAAGGCAAUUCACAGCUAUAGCCAGGAGAACUAUCAGUGCUACUCGCAGAAAAUGCCGAAUGGUUAAACCACGGGAGAAAAUCCCUAUGGAUAUUUCUACAGCUUUCCUUUCAUGCGCUCAAUUCGUCAAGAUCUGCCUAUCAGUUGAUUACCUUCAAGCCAGACCUCUUUGAUGUGUUUACAGUAUCUGGUGCACAGGUUCAAUGCAGCGUUCUUUUAAAGACGUCUAUGCAUCAAAAGUUCAAUGGGCUCUGCAGUGCUUCAACGGCAUUAAGAAAACAUACUGGAUUACUUGCAAUGUUGACCCCGACAUACAGCAAUUAUCUCUGGAUAGGAGAAGAUACCCUAGCAAUUUCGUAGUGAGGCCUCGUGAUCUGAACAGAUUGCUUGCAAAUUUUCAGUCAUCCCUUCAGGAAAUUACUAUCAUUGCAACGGAACGCAACUCCAAUCCUUCUGAUGCUGCAAGCGAAUUCGGCGGGAAAGCUGUUGAGUUCCGAAGCUACAUUGAUCCUACCAAAGAAAACGACUCUUUGCUGCACACUCAGCUGUGGAUAGAUCCUGCAGAAGAGUUUGUGCAGUAUGCUCAUAACGGCAACCCAGUAGACGUGACUUUUGCUGUCAAAGAGUUGAAGGCAUUUCUUGCAUUCUGCGAGGGAUGUGAAGUGGACAUUCAUAUGUACUUUGAGAAGGCUGGCGAGCCUAUUUUGAUGGCCCCUAAAUUUGGCACUGAUGAGGGGGUCUCUUCCAAUUUUGAUGCUACACUUGUGCUGGCCACCAUGCUCACAUCACAAUUACACGAAGGUAAUACUGGACCUUCAGAAAACGGAAUGCCAGGCCAGGCUGAUACUGGGGAAGUCUCUGGAGAGCAGCCAGACAGGAAUAGAACAAGUGCUUCCGAGAUUCCAUCAAAUCAUACCAGAAUAUGGUCUGAACUCUCGGGAAGUGCUGCGAGAAGUGGCAGUGGUUCUGAUGGAAGGCAAGUUCCUGAAGAAAGGAUCCUAAAAGCCGGUGGUCAGUCAGGAAUUGAAAGGAUCAGCACCAUUCAAAUAUCAAAAGCUGCAUCAGCUGAAGGAAACAUCCAAACUGGUCCAGAUUCUUCGUCUCUCAAUCUCUCUCUCAGUUUGUAUGGUCAUGGUUUUUCACAACGUCAUCCAAGUAAUUGGGUUGAUGCCAAUGAGGAUGAUGAUGAUGAUGAUAACGAGGAUGGUGCUGGUCUCUGUGUUCGAUCAACACCACCAUACUAUGAAGAUCAAUAACACUAUGUUUCCUAUUUGACUAUGAUGACCUUGCUCUCUUAGUUUUACUGUAUGAAGUUGCUGUGCUUUGCUGAGUGAGGUAUUGAUAUAGUUAUGGUUCUGCACUUUAAUUCUAUCACAACUUGUUUCUGGCUUCCUGCCAAGAAAAACAGAGCAGUGCCGAUAGAUCCUACAAGAAUCACAUGCUUUAUGGACAGGACCUGCAGUUCAAUACUUUUGGAAAUUGUGCUUACGCCUUGAAAAAUCUGUCAAAUAUUUCCUUCCUAGCUUUGCAAUCAUUUUUUUUUUUUGGGGGGGUUUUGUUUUUCAAUACCAUCUGUAAAACAGCUAUUCAUGUGGAGAUCUAUGACUUGUUUGAAUU